AUGGACGGAAUUCAAUUGCGAGAUGAGGCCGCGCAGGAUCGCGUGCGCGCUGCCAUUGAAUUCCUUGACCCUAGUGAUGAACGGGCACGCAGUUAUCGAGUCGAUAUCGUGGUGAUGCUGAAUCGGGGACUGCGACGUUUGACUGUCAGCCUGGACGAAAUUCGAGCACACAACCGCGAGCUCUCCGAUGGGCUUUGCAUGUCACCUUUCGAUUACUCCCAAGCCUUUGACCACGCCCUGAAGGAGGUGGUAAAGCGGUUGCCCAACCGCCCCGAGAAGGAGAAGCUGGAUGAAGUGAACUACUAUUGCGCCUAUAUUGGCGCUUUCGGAGAUUUUUCUUGCAACCCCCGCACACUCGGUUCUUCGCACUUGAACCGCAUGGUUUCUCUUGAGGGAAUCGUGACAAAGUGCUCUCUCGUCCGGCCAAAGGUGAUUCAGAGUGUUCAUUACAGCGAGAAGAAGGAUCGCUUUUUGUCGAGGAAGUACCGUGAUCAGACUAUGACUGCUAGCGGUGCUACGAGCUUGAAUGUUUACCCCCAAGAAGAUGAAGACAAGAACCCCCUUAUUACCGAAUACGGCUACUCCACGUACAUGGACCACCAGUCGAUUUCGAUCCAAGAAAUGCCUGAGCGAGCCCCAGCCGGUCAGCUGCCUCGCAGCGUCGAUGUUAUCCUCGAUGACGAUCUUGUCGACAAGGCCAAGCCAGGAGACAGAAUCCAGCUGGUCGGUAUCUAUCGCACCCUUGGAAACCGAAACGCAAGCUCCGGAUCGUCUACCUUCCGCACCGUUGUCAUGGCGAACAACAUCAUUCCACUCUCCUCCAAGGGCGGAUCCGGCAUCGCGCAGGCUACCAUCACGGAUACCGACAUCCGAAACAUUAACAAGAUUGCCAAGAAGAAGAACGUCUUCGAGCUGCUCUCUCAAUCUCUCGCUCCUAGUAUUCACGGACACGACUACAUCAAGAAGGCCAUCCUGCUGAUGCUGCUUGGUGGUAUGGAGAAGAACCUUGAUAACGGUACUCAUCUUCGUGGUGAUAUCAACAUCCUCAUGGUCGGUGAUCCUUCUACAGCCAAGUCUCAACUGCUUCGAUUUGUUCUGAACACGGCGCCCUUGGCUAUCGCUACUACCGGUCGUGGUUCUUCUGGCGUUGGUUUGACUGCCGCCGUCACUUCCGACAAGGAGACUGGCGAGCGUCGAUUGGAGGCCGGUGCCAUGGUCCUUGCUGAUCGUGGCGUGGUCUGUAUUGAUGAGUUCGACAAGAUGAGUGACAUUGACCGUGUUGCUAUCCACGAAGUCAUGGAACAGCAGACUGUCACCAUUGCCAAAGCAGGUAUUCACACUAGCUUGAACGCCCGCUGCAGUGUAUUGGCUGCUGCCAAUCCCAUCUACGGCCAAUACGACCCGCACAAAGAUCCUCACAAGAACAUCGCGCUUCCUGAUUCCCUUUUGUCCCGUUUCGAUUUGCUCUUCGUCGUCACCGACGAUAUUGAAGAUGCCAAGGACCGCACAAUCUCUGAGCAUGUUCUGCGCAUGCACCGCUACCGUCAACCGGGCACUGAGGAGGGUGCUCCCGUUCGCGAACAGCUUAACCAGACCUUGGGUGUUGGCAUUGAAGACCGUGCAGAUGCCAACCAGCCCACCGAGGUGUUCGAGAAGUUCAACGUCAUGCUCCAUGGUGGCAUGGUCAACACCGGCCGCAACCGUGGAAAGAACGUGGAGAUAAUCAGCAUUCCUUUCAUCAAGAAGUACAUUCAGUACGCCAAAUCCCGUGUCAAGCCUGUCUUGACCAAGGGCGCCGCCGAUCACAUUAUCGCAGCAUACUCCGCUCUUCGUAACGAUGACCUUGCCAGUACUCAGCGCCGUACCUCUCCCAUCACACCCCGUACCCUGGAGACACUGAUCCGUCUUUCUACUGCACAUGCCAAGGCCCGCCUCUCCAGCCGCGUCGAAGAGAAGGAUGCCAAGCAUGCAGAGGCCAUUCUGCGCUUUGCUAUGUUCAAGGAGAUUCUGGAGGAUGUGCGCCGCAAGCGCCGCAAGGUCACCUCCUUUGAGGAGUCGGACGAUGAGAGCGAGCCAGAGCUCGAUGAUGACGACGAUGAUGAUGCUCCCUUCCGAGGAACAUCAGCCGCAACCUCUGGACGCGGAGCCACGACAAGGACUCGUGCAGCUGCCAGCACAGCAGCUCCCGAUGAUGACCCGGAUAGUCUCUACACUUCUAGCCCACGGGCCCAGCGUCUCCGGUCCAGCCAGACCACCCGCACCCAGACUCAUACAGAGUCCCAGAUGUCGGUGGCUUCCUCACAUCCUGCAUCACAGCUGGUCCAGACUCAGACAGACGACUCACAGUCUACUUCUGUGUCGGCGCAACCGAUUACACCUGCCCGUAUGGCUGUCUUCCGCCAGACCUUGGGUCCUCUCAUGGGCACCAAGGUAUUCGCUGACGGUGAUAUGAUUCAUGUGGACGAGCUGAUCGAGGCUGUCAACACUGCUGUGCGUGCGUCACCGCAGCACGGCGCUGCGCACGUCUUCUCGCGGCCUGAGGCUAUCCAGGCUCUCAGUAAGAUGAACGAGGAGAACCUGUUGAUGUUCCUCGAGGACGACGAGAACGUCUACCGUAUCUAA